AAUUCCCGCAAAUAUUUGUCGCAGCAGACAAGCAUCCAGCGCAGCAUCCACCACGUCCGCAAAAAUCCCACACCGCUUGCUUCCCUGGCCCCUCCCCUCUCUCACAUCAAAUCCAUUUCGCCAAAUUUCACAUCACUCUUCACAAACAGAAAAAUAGUCCUCCGCCGCCGGCAAUCCUAGGUUUCCGGUGACGAUGCUCCCCUACGCUUCCAUCCCGGAGGCCGUGGCGGCGCUGGGCCGCAACCUCACCUUCGCGGAGACCCUCUGGUUCAACUACUCCGCCGCCAAGUCCGAUUACUUCCUCUACUGCCACAACAUUCUGUUCCUCUUCCUCGUCUUCUCCCUCGUCCCCCUCCCCCUCGUCUUCCUCGAAUUCAAGCGCUUCUCCUUCGUCUCUUCCCACAAGAUCCAACCAAAAGUCCGCUUGUCCCUGGCCGAAACCUUCAAGUGCUACAAAGACGUCAUGCGCAUGUUCUUCCUCGUCGUCGGCCCCCUCCAACUCAUCUCUUACCCUUCCAUCCAGAUGAUUGGGAUCAGGACGGGCUUGCCAUUACCUUCGUGGCGGGAGAUCCUCUCGCAGCUUCUGGUGUACUUUCUCGUAGAGGAUUACACCAAUUACUGGAUCCACAGGUUUCUGCACAACGAUUGGGGGUACGAGAAGAUUCACCGCGUCCACCACGAGUACCAUGCGCCCAUUGGAUUCGCCGCGCCCUAUGCCCACUGGGCCGAGAUCUUGAUCCUCGGGAUUCCCUCCUUUCUUGGGCCUGCCAUGGUUCCUGGCCACAUUAUCACCUUCUGGCUCUGGAUAGCCUUGCGCCAGAUUGAAGCCAUUGACACGCACAGCGGGUAUGACUUUCCUAGGAGUAUCACAAAAUAUAUUCCAUUUUAUGGUGGUGCUGAGUAUCAUGAUUACCAUCAUUACGUUGGAAGACAAAGCCAAAGCAAUUUUGCUUCAGUUUUCACAUACUGUGAUUACAUCUAUGGAACUGACAAGGGGUAUAGGUAUCAGAAAAAAAUACUUCAGAAGUUGAAGGAAGAGUUGGCAAAUGGUGUUGAGCAGAACGGAGGAUUAUACAAGACUGACUGAGAGACUGAAGUGUCUUAGGUGGUUUCAGAAUGCGUUGCCUGUUGACUCUUUGGAACCACCAAAAUUCUUGUAGACAUAUAUAUAUAUAUAUAUAUCUGCUGUGGCAAAAUAGAUGUCUUUGGUUAGCUUCAGGGUGGAGAUUAGUAGAAUGGAGCUUUACAAUUUGUGGUUUUGUGUUGGAAGAGGAGGGGGGCACGGGAGGAAUUUCUUCUGUUGUCAUGUUCUGGAAUUCAAACAUUUUGGUUUUGGUUCAUGUCUGUCAGAAUGUUCCUUCUCCUAUGGAUUGUAAAUUCAGAAUCUUCUAUUGUCAUGUUCUGGAAUUCAAACAUUUUGGUUUGGGUUCAUGUCUGCCAGAAUGUUCCUUCCCCAGUGGGUUGUAAACUCAGAAAUAUGUAAUAGGCUUCCUCGGCUGGGAUAUAAUUCGAAAAUUAUAAUAAAAAUUGGAAGUUCGGUUUUAUGAACUUGCACUAAA